UCGUGGUGGUAAAAAUGGAAGGCAUUCGGACGCAAACAGUGCGCCGGUGAAGUGGUGACCAUUUAAAGCAUUGUAUAUUGGUGAUAAACAACGAGUGCAAAUCGGAAAUCAUGCGGUGGACUAAAAACAUAUUACUCCUACUACCCAUACUCAUAUCUACUUGUUCAGCGGAAUGGUCUUGGAGUGCAGACUCAAAAGACACCGCACAAGAACAGACAAAAGACACGCCUGACUUGUUGCAAGAUGAACAUUUGCCUGAACCACAAGGAAGCCUGGCACCAAAUAACACCGUACUUGACGAUAUCGUUGAUGAACUUGUAAGCAGGAAGCAAGGCAGAAGUUUGGGAGGCUUUGACGGUGUGGACGACGUGUACAGCGAUCCCACGAUCAAGGAUGCCUUGGACGCUGGAGAUGAUGCUGAAGCAAGAAACUUAAUUAAAGGACGCCUAUGCACUUUGGGAUUAAUUCAAUGCGAAGACGAUGAAACCCAAGAAAAACGUUACGUUUCACCCGAUGAAUUAAUAUACGCACAGCCUGUGGACAUUAAACCUAUUGGAAAACCAGUAGCAUCCAUUCCAAUUCGUGGACCACCCAGAGCAUACGGUCCCCCAAAGCCAAUGGUAUAUCCACCACGUCCACAGAAAAUUCCUCCAAAACGAGUAGGAUAUGGUGGCCCACCCCGACCAGGUUUCUCUGAUAAAUACAGCUCCUCCGCCAAUCAUUUCCAAUUCUCUCAAAGCAGUGGAGUUUAUGGGGGUGAAACAAAUUACGUCACUAAGCCUCCGAGCUACACUGUAGACUCUCCUUACUCCUUUGACCACAAUAAACCCAGUUUUAAUAAAGUACCACCCACAAUCCACACUUCAAGUAAAACGGAGAAUGUCGUGCAACAACAUGUACAUCAUCACUAUGUGCACAGCGACGCUGAGAAAGACCCUAAAGUUAUUGUCAAACCGGUAGUCAUUCCUGUAGGAUCCGUAGGACACCUAGGAUCACAAAGUCAACAAUUUCAACAAUCCAGUGAUAUUAUAACUGGAGGAGGAGCUGAUUUUAGUAGCGUGGGCGGAUUCAAGCCUAUGUCAGGGGGGUACGUUGAUAAUAAACCAGUCUACGAAGGCGAGACAAUCUAUGGUUCGCAAUAUGGAUACAACAACGUAAAUAAAGGAAGUUCUAAUAUUUUAACUCAAGGUUUACCUAACCAGUUCCAAAACAAUGCUUUUGAAGAUCAGAAAUAUGGUAACAGCUUAGGGUCGUACGCCUCGCAUAGUACAGAUUUUUACAAAAAGGAACUGCACGUUGGAUCUGCCAAUAAUUUGUACAAUCAAGGGCCAGCCACAUUUGGUCAAUCUCAAUCUAAUGCUUAUCAAGGAAACUACCACGAAGGAAAAGCCCAAGGGUUCGAAUGUGUUUGUGUCAAUUAUGACCAAUGUCCUGCUCAGGAAAUAAUUGAUCGCAAAGACGAAUUACACUUGGCCAUUGAUCCUCGCAACAAAGGAACCGAAAUCGUUGCGCUUACUGAAGAACAAUUAAAUAACAUUACUAAAUCUGACCUAGACACAGCACAAAACUCUACAGAUUCUACGUCCAAAAGUGUUCAGAAACGAGAAGUGAAAAAUGAAAAGCCAGAAGAAGCCGCUAAAGAAAUUGAACCUCGUCAGGGAUACUUCGGCCGUCCUCCCGUGCAACAAUGCCGACCUAACCAGGUGUGUUGCCGUCGUCCACUAAGACCUCAAGCUAGUAACCGUGGCCAGUGCGGUAUCAGGCACUCUCAAGGCAUAAAUGGCAGAAUUAAAACACCGGCGUACGUGGAUGGCGAAAGUGAAUUCGGAGAAUACCCAUGGCAAGUCGCUAUUCUGAAGAAAGACCCCAAAGAAUCUGUUUACGUUUGUGGAGGAACACUCAUAGACGGCCUGCAUAUUAUAACUGCCGCUCAUUGCAUCAAAUCACACAAAGGAUUCGAUUUGCGUGUGCGUCUCGGUGAAUGGGAUGUAAAUCGUGAUGUAGAAUUCUACCCUUACGUUGAAAGAGACGUCGUAGCUGUGCACGUUCAUCCUCUCUUCUACUCGGGAACAUUGGAUAACGAUCUUGCCAUCUUAAAAAUGGACCAUCCUGUUGAGUGGACGAAAUAUCCGCACAUCAGUCCUGCUUGCCUGCCUGACAAAUAUACAGACUACGCCGGUCAAAGGUGUUGGACUACUGGAUGGGGCAAAGAUGCUUUUGGAGACUAUGGAAAGUACCAGAACAUCUUGAAAGAAGUCGACGUACCUAUUCUUGGUCAUGGACAAUGCCAGCAACAAUUAAGACAGACUAGGCUAGGCUAUAACUACGAACUGGGUCCAGGUUUCCUCUGCGCUGGUGGCGAGGAAGGAAAAGACGCGUGCAAGGGUGAUGGUGGUGGUCCCUUGGUGUGCGAGCGUUCUGGAACUUGGCAGCUGGUCGGUGUGGUGUCCUGGGGUAUAGGCUGCGGCCAGGUCGGUGUGCCUGGCGUGUAUGUCAAAAUCGCGCAUUAUCUGGACUGGAUCUCUCAGACCACUGGAAGAUUCUCGAAUUACAACUAACAUUCAUAAAGUUGAUGUCGUAAACAUUGUAAAACAUGAACUGAAUGAAUACAAACGUAUCAUAUUUAUUAGUUAAUGUAUUCUUACGUAUUUAAUUUGUAUAAUUUAUUGUAACUUUGGAUUUAUAAUCCAGAGAAUGAGAGUAAUUGCUUUGUGCAGAUUUAGUAUAAAUAUAAAUAUUUUAAAUUACAAAUUGAAAUAAAUUAUUUUAAAUAAAAAAAA